AACCGAUCCGAACCUAAAGAAUUUGAAACUUGCAGUUACAUACAGAGUGGAGAACUGAGAAGGGCUCAAAUCACAAGUCUACACUUCCAGCCAGGCUUCCCGGGGCCAGUUUACCCAAUCAGCUCCUCGGUUCUGGUACGCUUUCGUGGUUGCAUUUUGUGAGCCUCGGUUAUUGGAAAAUUCAUCGUUCCUUUAGGAGUAAGAAUCACUGGGAAGUCGUCGAGGCAUUGUUUCAGUUCGAUUUCUUUCUACUCGAUUCUUACUCUCUGUGCUUCGUGGGAAUUGAGUUUGUGAUUCAGAAUCAGAAUCAGGGUUUCGUUUUGCAACUAGGGUUUGGGAGACGUUCCUUGAGUUGGGAGCAGUGCAUGGAUGAGUUUUUAAGUGCUGCUGGGAGAGGAAGCUGCGUGACUAAGGUCUUUCAAUGAAGCUCCGAUUGGCGCUUCUGUUGUUCGUUAUGUGAUUUGUUGAAUUUGUUUCACUGGGUUUGUUUCUGGGUUUUGGACGGGCGCUAGUGUGUUGCUAUUAUGAACAACAAUAAUCCCCCUAGGAGUGUGGGGGUACCCAUUCCAUUUGCCAAUUCUGGCGCUGGAGCAAAAUCUGUGCCCUUGAGUCACCAGAUUCCUCCCCACCUGCUCUCUCAGUCAAAACCUCACGCACAAGGUGGGUCUUUCCAGGGCCACUUUCAGCUCCCCGAGGCACAAGCUCAGCUGCUGAGCCAUGCACAACCACCUGUGCAGCAGCCUGCGCACGUUCGCAUCCAAUCAUCAACUAACCAAUCUAUUAGCCAGCUGCAGAGCCCGAUUUCUGGUGGGGUUGGUCUGCCAUCGCCUUCUGGGUCCAUUCCAGCAACUGCAGGUACCAAAAGGGCUGGUCAUAAACCCCCCUCUAAGGUAGCUGGAGGAUCAAAUCAUGCUCAUUCGUCUUCCCUUUAUAAGGCGAUGGAGUUAGCCCCUGCCCCGAAUAGGAAGAGGCCAAAGCUGUCCGAGAAGCAGAUACCUGCAGAAGUUGCAGCCAAACUUCCAGAGUCUGCACUCUAUGCACAGUUGCUUGAAUACGAGGCUAGGGUGGAUAAUGCUCGCGCAAGGAAGAAGGCAGAUCUUAGAGAGGCCCUUAAAAACCCUCCCCGAGUAAGGAAAACUCUUAGAUUGUAUGUUUUCAACACUUUUGAUAAUCAAGGAGUAGGCAGCGGCGAGAUGCCGACUGCAGGGCCUCCGUCAUGGUCAUUAAAGAUUAUUGGCAGGAUCCUGGAAGAUGGGAAAGAUCCUUUGCUAGAAGGGCAGGUGCAGAAAUCUUACCCAAAAUUCUCAUCAUACUUCAAGAAAAUUACCAUUAUCUUAGACCAAUGUCUCUAUCCAGAGAAACAAGUAGUUUGGUGGGAGAGUAACCGAUCUACUGAACUUCACGAGGGGUUUGAGGUGAAGAGGAAAGGUAAUAAAGAAUUUACUGCACUUAUAAGAUUAGAAAUGAAUCACACUCCAGAGAAAUACAAGCUUUCCCCUCAAUUGGCAGAAGUCCUGGGCUUUGAAGUGGAGACACGUUCAAGGAUCUUGACGGCGAUUUGGCAUUAUGUCAAGUCAAACAAGUUGCAAAACCGUAAUGAUCUAUCCUCAUUCAUAUGUGAUCCACCACUGCGAAGAUUAUUUGGGGAAGAGAAGAUGAAGUUUGGAAUGGUGGCACAGAAGAUAAGUCAGCAUCUUAUAUCUCUACAACCUAUUCAUUUGGAGCACAGGAUCAAGCUAUCAGGGAGUUCUCCUGCUGGAACUGCUUGUUAUGACAUUGAUGUUGAUGUUCCCUUCCCUGUGCAAACUGAUAUUUCUAAGUUCUUUGAGGACACAGGGAGACAGAAAGAGAUCGAUGCUUAUGACAAGAUAAUAAGUGAUUCAAUAAAGAAGAUACAUGAGCGCUGCAGAAGGCGUGGUUUCUUUCUCGGUUUCAGUCGCUCUCCAGCAGAGUUUAUUAAUAAGUUUAUUGCUUCUCAAACCGAAGAUCUGAAGCUUAUAGCUGGAGAUACCAAUUGCAGCACAGAAGAAGAGCAACAGGCAGAUUUUUAUAAUGAGCCAUGGGUGGAAGAUGCUGUUCUUCGUUACCUGAAUCGCAAGAGUGCUGGAAGUGAUGUGCCAGCAAGGACUUGAUUAAAGGGUUCUAAUGUACUGUUGUUGUGGUAGAGGUGCCCACAUCGGUAAGCAUAUCUAAUCACAUAUUUCAGUUUAGUUAUUAGUCUUAGAGAGAGAAAGGGAUUGAAGUAUGUUGUAUCAGUAGAUUUUGUUUUCUGUGGAAGGGUUUCUUUUGAUAUGUUUAUCUCCAUCUCCCUCCCUUAGCAGCGUAGAAUGUACAACAUGGAUUAAUGAUGGUAAUUUCCCUUUCUGUUCAAAACUACAUCAAAACAUACUUAUUAGUAAUGACUCUUAUCUUCUCUGCAUUGAAGUUGCGGAUCUCUUACUUUACCAAUUUGGCUACAGAAGGCCUUGAUUUCAUUUUUGGCUAUUUGCCUGCACUGAAUUUCCGAGCACCACAAGAACAUGCUCAGCUCAGGGGUGUUUUAAAGAGGUGUUGGGCAGAUUUCAUCCAUGAACAACUUACAAACUGCUCUAAUCUCUUUAUCUUCACAUUUUUGCUGGUUAAUUGGGCUGCUUGCUGUUGAACUCAGCCUUCGCCCAUUUAGGUAAACAGUGGGCUGGACCAUUCUUUUUCGCAAAGCUAGUGGAUUAUCCUGAAAACUUUGUAAGAGGUGUGGGUGAUGGUGCUUCUCUCGUUAGGACUGCACAAAAAGACCGAAUACGGACCCAACCAACCAUCCAAACCGAGCUAACCAAGCAAAACCGAACCAAAACAAGGUGCAUGAUUGGAUCAAUGGGGGUCUUGGGAUGUGAAACCCAUGAUUCAAUUUGGUUUGGCUACAGGUUGAGGUUGGGGUCUCUGAAAUCAAGGUUCGAUUUAUACUCACUAGGAUAAUACGUCUUAUUUCCAUGGCUAGUCAUUUUCCCUUCUUGCCUGCAGCGCGAUGAAUGGACACACAUAAAAAAGAAUAAAUUAGAUGAAAUUUAGUUUUAAACGAAAAGACAGAUGUUUUCAAUUGAUCACAUACUUGAGUUACCAGCGAAACUAAACCUAUGAUCAACAUGAUUUUAUAAUAAUUUAAUCACCUUGAAAGUGGCUAAACUAUAUUGUCCAUAACAAUGGAAGUUACGUUUUUUAUGGUGAAAUAAAAUUUUAGGGCUAAUACACUAGGAAACCCGAACUAUUAAGAAUGUGUCAUUUGUGUUCUAAAGUAUCCAAUAUAACAUUUGUGUCCCAACCUAUUAUAGUUUUGUGUCAUUUAUGUCCCAAUCUAUUAUAGUUUUGUACCAUUUAUGUCCUAACUCGAACUAUUAAGAAUGUGUCAUUCGUUAAAUACUAAUGGUCAACAUCGGUCAACACUUUUUUAAUUAGGGUUAGGGUGUGCUAAUUUUGGGGGUUAGGGUGUCAUUCGUUAAAUACUAAUGUGCCAGUUUUAUAAUUAGGGGUUAGGGUGUUUAAUGACUGUUUUAAUUAGGGUUAGAGUGUUUUAAUGGUUGUUUUAGUAAGGGAUUAUGGUGUUUUAAUGGUUGUUUUAAUUAGGGUUAGGGUGUGCUAAUUUUAUAUUUAAUUUAUUAAUAGUUGUUUUAUUAAUUAGCAGUUGUGUCAUUUUUGGCCAAAAACAAAUUUGGUCUCGGAAUUUAAAAAAAUUCUAUCGAAAAAAAUUUAUUUAAAAAUGAUGACGAACUAUACAAAAAUUAAUAUGAACAAAUUAUAUUAAGACUUCCAUAAAUACAUUUUUAAGUAAAUGGAAAAUUGAAAAAAAAAAGAGAUCCCCAAACUGGUCUCAUCAACAUCCCACAGGAAUCGAUUACCUGCUAUACUUAUCUUAUAACAUACUGUACGUAGUAGCACAAAUAUAUGCAACCAAUAUUGUAGUAUGCUCGUAAGGAUUGUGUAGUUGAGUUUCAACCUACCUGCAAAGCUCAAUGACUUUGCCCUCAAGUUUCGAACACACUGAUGUAUCUUAUCUACCAGCACCUGAUAGUCUUUUUUAGUUAAUUUGGCAACAAGUAAAGGCACUCCAAGAUA